AACACCAUGGAUGUGGGAUGCUUUUUUGGCUUGGUUUGUGUCGUUAUUUUUGGAAAUUUUGUCCCGCAAGCAGCUGGAAUACGACGCAUAUCUCCAUACAAUCCCAGAAAUCCAACAGAUCUUGCAGGAAAGAUUGACUACAAAACUUUCUACUUCAAGCAGCAGGUGGAUCACUUUGGGUUUGAGAAUACAGACACGUACCAACAGCGCUACUUGCUGGCAGAUCAAUUCUGGGAUAAAAACGAAGGACCCAUUUUUCUCUACACAGGAAAUGAGGGUGACAUAACAUGGUUUUGCAACAACACUGGGUUUCUUUGGGACAUUGCUCCAGAAUUUAAAGCCCUGCUGAUAUUUGCUGAACAUAGAUACUAUGGGUUAUCUAUGCCUUAUGGAUCAGAAUCGUACAAGGAUGCCCACCACUUGAACUACCUGACUUCAGAACAAGCCCUGGCUGACUUUGGCUCACUGAUUACCUCCCUUAAAUCUUCUCUACCUGGAGCUAAGAACUCACCUGUGGUGGCUUUUGGGGGAUCCUAUGGGGGAAUGCUGGCUUCUUGGUUCAGGCUUAAGUACCCAAAUGUGGUGGUCGGGUCUCUGGCAGCUUCAGCACCCAUCUUUGAAUUCUCUGAAUUGACAAACUGUGAAGCAUACAUGUCCACAGCCACAAAGCCUUACGUCAAAGCUUCUCCUACCUGUGCAGAUAACAUUAGGCAGUCAUGGGCAGACAUUAACAAAGUAGGAAGCACAGGAGCAGGGCGCCAGAGCCUCAGCUCUAUGUUCAGGUUGUGUAAACCUCUAGCCAAUGUUGAGGAUGUGGCUGACUUCAAAUCCUGGCUCUCUGAUACCUGGGGCAAUUUAGCAAUGGUCAACUACCCCUACCCUGCCAGCUUCUUGGAACCCCUGCCAGCUUGGCCGAUAAAGAAAGCUUGUGGAUCAUUAUCAAGUCCUUUGACUGGACAGCCAUUAUUGGAAGGCAUCUUUGAAGCUGUCAGUUUGUAUUAUAACUACACAGGUCAGGCUAAAUGUCUAGACAUUAACCAGCAAGGAACAGCGUCUUUAGGAGACAAGGGGUGGGGCUACCAGGCAUGUACAGAGAUGGUCCAGGCCAUCUGUGCAGAUGGCAAGUCAGACAUGUUUGAGCCUUUCUCAUGGAACUUUACAUCAUAUGCUGCUGGCUGUUCCAAGAACUGGCACUUCCCUCUCACCCCCAGACCCGAUUGGGGUCCCCUAGUCUACUGGAGCAGGAACCUUAAGGCAGCUUCUAACAUUAUUUUUAGCAAUGGUUUGUUAGACCCCUGGUCAACUUCAGGAGUGCUGAAAUCCAUAUCGCCCACUCUGGUUGCCAUAGUAAUACCUGAAGGCGCUCAUCAUUUAGACCUAAGGAGCUCUAACCCAGCUGAUCCUACUGAUGUGGUGGCAGCACGGACACAGGAGAAAAAGAUCAUCCAGGGCUGGAUAUCAGAUUACUGGAAGAAUUUUAAAUAAUUAAUGCAGUUGUAUAGUAUUACUAUAAAAAUAUAAAAGACAAAACAAAAAAACAUAGACAUCUGAUUAUAACGAUACAAUACCUUCGAAAAUCUUGCCUUCUGAAAUAGGCUGUGAGAAGCCAUACAUCUUGCUAUUGGUGUUCAAGUCUUUACACCUUCAGAUGAAAAACAGGAGCUACUAGAGUUAUGGAGUUAAUCAACUUUUUCAAGAAUUGUUAAUUAUACAACGGCAGCCAUGUAAUUGAAUAGAUCAUUUGAAAGUUAAAUGUUGUUUUCUAAGUCCUCUCAUUCCAGGCAGAUGAAUAUUUUUUUGAGUGGAAAAGGAAUUAUUUAGAAAUUUCAGGUUGAUUUAUUACUAAAAUACAUGUGUUGAUUUAUUACUAAAAUACAUGUGUUGAUUUAUUACUAAAAUACAUGUGUUGAUUUAUUACUAAAAUACAUGUGUUGAUUUUGGUCUUUUGGGUCUUUAUUGAUGUAUUGAAGUGUCUUCGAAUUGUGCAGACAUUUGAAAUUCCUUUGUUAGAUUAAUUUAUUUAUUUAUUUGAUUGGUGUUUUACGCCGUACGCAAGAAUAUUUCACUUAUACGACGGCGACCAGCAUUACGGUGGGAGGAAACCGGACAGAACCCGAGAGAAACCCAUGACCAUCCACAGGUUGCUGGCAUACAUGUUAGAUUAAUGUAAUGUUCAUUAAAAAUUUAAGUGAAUUCAGGUGUCUAAUUCGGUAUCUAGUUUUUCGAGCAGUGAAUUGUUUGCUGAUUAGGUGUGCACAUAACCCAGAUUGCACAAAAAUACCAUUGGAUUCCAGUUUAUACAAAACUAUUGCACGUUGUGACUUAAGGCAGGAAAGGUGCUGUACUAUUGUGAAUUUAGUUUACAUUGAAAAAGGUCUUUUCUUUUUCUACAUUUCCAUAUUACCUGUAUGUAUAAUUGACGGGAAUGCGAAAAUUGAAGCUGAACUGGUACUCAGAAAUUUCUGUUGUGUGCCAAUAAUUUUUUUUCUUUGUAUUGUGAAUGGCAUAAAUUGGAACUGAAAACUUGUCAUUAUUACUGUCAAAGGAGGUCAUGUUUUCAAUGGCGAUAAAUUAGUGUCUUUUCAUCAGCAACUUCAGGAAAAAAGUUAUAAGUGGAUUAAGACAAAAGUUAGUUCAUGGGUUGGCACUUGUGCUCCUGAUACAGAGGACCAUGGACUUCCGUCUAUUACACACAGAUUUGAAUGAUCUGUUGUGGAUCUUGUAAUUGGCAUUGGGCUAAGGACCAAUCCAUUGAAUGUUUGAAAAGAGUAUUUACAAUUAGGUAGGUAGGACAGAAAUGCAGAGUAUUGUCCUUUUGAUCGUAGUGAUCAAGGAAUUUGUAGUUUGCUUACCUGGAUGUUUGUACUCUUGUGGCAUGCCUUCAGGUUGUAUAUACAUCAGUUAACAUGUGCUACAGAUGGUUUGCUUACUUUUGUUCAGGCAUUUCUCUAUAUUUGUCUACAUGUGUAUGUGUACAGGUGUGUAAUGUAACUAUGUACAGUAUGUAUGUAUAACCCUUAGGGCAUUUAUUAAAAUUAAGAAACUGUACUGUGUUCUACCCAUGUAACUAUGGGUUUAUUUCAGAGAAGAAACACAGGACUUUUAAGACCCCCCACCCCCAUCCUUACCCUGAUCAAAACAGCUGAACAUCUCCACCUACCUGUAAUCUGAUAUUGCCUCCACAAGCUUAUAUGUUCUCAUGCCACCCACAUACCUAUAAAAGAUAUUGAAAUAGGGGCAUUUUGUGCUUACUUCAGCCUUCUGCCUUCAUACGGGUUGCGUCCCUGUUAUACAGGUGUGCUUGAUGUUCUACAUUAUUUGAUAAGUAAAAAAGUGCUGUAC